AUGGACAUGACAUCCGCGCUCUCGCACCUCGUCACCUCGCUCCUCCCGCCCGACAAGGCCGCCUUUGUGCACCACCACGUGCUGCGCGCCGACGCCCCUCUGCAGGUCUACUUUGCCGCCGCGCGGGCGUCCGUCACGCACAGCGCGGGUGUCGUGUACCCGCACGUGCAGCCGCUCGUCGAGCGCCUGCUCGCGUGGACGCACGCGUCGGAGCUCGGCGGCGUGCUGGUGCCGCUGGCCAUCCUCGCCGUGGCCGUCAUCGUCAUGAACUGGAUCCGGCGGAUGCUGCUGUGGUGGACGCGCCUGGCCGUCAAGGCCGUGCUGUACGCGACGCUCGCGGCGCUGGGCGCGUGGGUGUGGCAGCGCGGCCUGCAGGCGAGCAUACGCGACGUCGUCGUCGUGGGCGGCAAGGUCGCGGGCUACGCGGCGGUGGUCAAGGAGAUUUGGUGGAGGGAGUACAGGCGCUACGAGGAUCAGCAGAAUAAUGGCGGUCGCGUCCGAGGCUCGCAACGGUGA